AUGAUGAGUAUGCGCCAGAUAGGGCAAGUAUAUCUUGCCCGCUCUCGAGGUGAAGAUGGUGCUGUGUCCUUCUCCACUGCAAAUCGGCAGUUACACCUCCUACUUGAUGAUCAAGACUCCGCGCUGAACUCGACGUUGGAAGGAUGUGAGGCCGGGAUAGACGAGGCUAUGCAUGACAUCCUUCUCCGCGAUGAUUUUCUCGCAGAACCAAGGCUAGAGAUGGCUUUCUUGAUGGCCAAUCUGAGCAUCCUCGUAACAGUUGUGUGCGCCAAUCGCGACGUGAACCCAGCGUCGAAAGCGACUCUUCAGAGGAUCAGGCGACGGGCACCGACGGUCGUGCAGCACCUAUGGAAUCAACGCGACCGACUUAACCUAUGUCUCUCAGCUGAUAUUACCUCAUACGUCUUGUCCAAGUUUCAACUGUACCUAUGGGUCUACGCCCCGUCCCAAGAGGAUGAAGGGACGACUAAUCUACUUCUUCAACUUCACUGUCAUCACGCCCUCCAGUGUUUCAAGGCAGAGACCGAGGACGAUUUGGUUUUACACGGCGCUUAUCUACGAGAUGCCAUCUUCGAUGCCACCGGGCCGGACGACUACCUAAUCCGGCUCAACAAAGAACUGCAAAGACCCAGAAUCUCGCGGGAUCGCCUUGGUACAUGCAUGGCAUCAGUGCAUUACCUGAAGUUCCUUCCCGACCUCCUGCCCUACCUCCAGAAGCAUAACCUUACGGAUAGUGUGGUGAGGAUCAUGGAGGAAUAUUGGCUGGUAGGGGACCCUCUUCACCGCCUCAUCACCUACGGCCAUGUUGCUGGGUUCAUAAGAGGGAUUGGGAUCGGCUUCUUCAUAUCCCUGGCAAACGGUAUCCCACCCAGGCUCAACGUCCGAGGCCAGCAUGUCUUCGUCUUCCUGCGUCGUGGUGUACUACUAGCAAUCGAAGAAUGUGCUCAUUCUGCAGAAGUACCUAUACUUGAUUUGUGCGAUAACAUUCGCGAUUUCUGCACCCUUUGUCGUCCGGCGUGGAAGAAAGCCGUGACACAACAAUACCUGACUGAACUUCAUGCUAGCGCGCUUGAACACUGGUGGCCAUGUUUGGCCAAGCUUCAAGCAGGUUGCUAUCGCCAUAAAGAUAGCCAGGCGCACCUCGCUCUUCUCGCGUGCUGGGAAGAGGCUGGAGAUGCCCUUGGAUUGAGCGAGAAGGAAGAGCGUAAACGCUUUAGACGCGAAGGCCGCGUCUUCUGCUUCUGGCCAGAGUGCGAGUUCAAUACGGUUCGCCCUACCUCGAAGCUAUCUGCAUGUCGUGGUUGCGGAGAGGUUCAGUAUUGUGGGAAAGACUGCCAGAAAAAGGACUGGAGUUGUCACGACACGGCUAAGGUUCGGGAAAAGCGAUGCGCAUCUCAGUCGGAAGGCCGCUGUGAACGCUGUCAUCCCCUCGCGCUCCCUUACGAGGACCUUGCAAACGGCGGCGUAUUCAUGAAAGACGUCAGGACAGUGCCUCCAGGCCGUGGCAUUGGAGGACGGCCGGUCUACGUUUGUCAAGACGGGUCCUUCCAGCAUCUGCUCGAGACCCUCACGCAGACGAUCAGCGAUCUCCCUCAUCUUCUUCCUCGUACCGCAUGGGAUGACGGUGCAGGCUUCAACGGUAUCCUGCGUGACAUGCUCGCGGGCGACGACGCUCUUGCUCAGGAAGAAGCCACUCCUUCGCAGGACGGGAAGGGCGCCGGCGAAGUCGCGUAG